AUGAGUGCUGCUGGUAAAAUGGCUAUAAAAGAACAAUGUGAUGAUGACGGCAAUGACGUAGUAGUCGAUGACGAAGUCGAAAUUCACACCAAAAGCGUAUCGAAUGGAAUAGGUGAAUCUUCGGAAAUCACAAGUAUAGAGUGGAAGAAAAAAGUCAAAUCAUUUAAGACCCGUUUUCCAGUGAAACGAAAGAAUAGUGCUGAAGAGACGUAUGAAAUGAACAGGAAGUUCAAUAAUGACCUCCAAGAAAUGUGCUGCGCCUGGAUGGAUAAGGUUGCACGAAUCAACGAUCCACCAAACUUAAAGAAACAUGCUGGUGAAGUCGGCGAUAAUAUAAGAAUGGUGAAAUGUAACGAUAGUGGUAAUAGCCCAUCGUUCAGCAACAAUAUAAUGAAUAUUAAGGUUAAAAGGGUGCAGAUGAAUAAACGAAAGGUUAGAGUUGAAUUGUGA